UCCCACAAUCCUUUGCGCCCCUCACAGAGUUGCCAGUCAUUGUGUAUCGGCUCUCAGGCCUUGUGUUUGAGGUGAUUCGGUGUUUUUUGCGCUGUUUAACGCUUUAGAAUCAUUAUGAAAGAAACGGCGAAGAGACGCGAGAAGGCGAAGGAGAGUAAAGCGGAGAAGCAGAAGGAGGUUCCGGGCCCCGAGGCUCAGGAUGUGGAGAUGCCGGAGGAGGAGAGCGCUAAUGCGGCUAAACCGGCUAAAGAGCAGGACUCCGUCACGCUGGAAGAUAUUAAGGAGCAUGUGAAGCAGAUUGAGAAGGCCGUGUCAGGUAAAGAGCCACGCUUCGUCCUGAGAGCCCUGCGUGCGCUGCCCUCCACCAGCCGUCGCCUCAACCCCAACGUUCUCUACAAAGCCGUCUCAGGCUUCUACACGUCCAACACCGCAGGGAAAGAGUUCCUGCUCAGCUUCCUCGAGGAGCCGAUGGACACGGAGGGAGAAGUUCAGUUCAGGCCUCGUACCGGUAAAGCAGCAACUGUUCCUCUCAUCCCUGAAGUGGAGGCGUAUCUCCAACUGCUGCUGCUCGUCUACCUCAUCAACAACAAGCGUUACACUGAGGCUAAGAAAGUGUCAGAUGACCUUCUGCAGAAGAUCAGCUCUCAGAACCGCAGAGCUUUGGACCUGGUGGCAGCAAAGUGUUAUUAUUAUUACUGCAGAGUGUACGAGUUUCUCAACCAGCUGGACACGGUGCGCAGCUUCUUGCACACGCGUUUGAGAACGGCUACGUUACGUCACGACUCAGACGGUCAGGCCACACUGCUGAACCUGCUGCUGAGGAACUACCUGCACUACAACUUGUACGACCAGGCAGAAAAACUCGUCUCCAAAUCUGUUUUUCCUGAACUCGCUAACAACAACGAGUGGGCUCGCUACCUCUACUACACCGGACGGAUUAAGGCCAUCCAGCUGGAGUACUCUGAAGCCAGGAGAACUCUGACUAACGCAUUGCGUAAAGCACCACAGCACACUGCUGUUGGCUUCAAACAGACUGUCCAUAAGUUAUUGAUUGUGGUGGAGUUGUUGCUUGGAGAGAUCCCUGACAGACUGCAGUUCCGCCAGCCGUCUCUCAAACGCUCUCUCAUGCCCUACUUCCUCCUCACUCAGGCUGUGAGGACCGGGAACCUGGCAAAGUUUAAUCAGGUCCUGGAUCAGUUUGGAGAGAAGUUUCAGGCAGACGGGACAUACACACUCAUCAUCCGCCUGAGACAUAACGUGAUUAAGACGGGCGUGAGGAUGAUCAGCUUGUCGUAUUCGCGGAUCUCUCUGGCUGAUAUUGCUCAGAAACUGCAGCUGGACAGUCCUGAGGAUGCAGAGUUUAUUGUGGCAAAGGCGAUCCGUGAUGGUGUGAUUGAGGCGAGUAUAAAUCAUGAGAAGGGUUACGUCCAGUCCAAGGAGACGAUGGAUAUUUACGGCACUCGGGAACCUCAGCUCGCCUUCCACCAGCGAAUCUCCUUCUGCCUGGACAUUCACAACAUGUCCGUCAAGGCCAUGAGAUUCCCACCCAAGGCCUACAACAAGGACCUGGAGUCUGCAGAGGAGCGCAGGGAGCGCGAGCAGCAGGAUCUGGAGUUCGCUAAAGAAAUGGCCGAGGACGACGAUGACAGUUUCCCAUAAUGCAAAACUGUAACCUGCUCUCUUUCCUCUUCUUCUUCGUUUUUUUUCUUGGGUUGUUUUUUAUUGUUUAAAUCCAUUUACACUCUGCUGUGUAGUAAACAUUCAGUCCUGUAGCACCACGUUUCUGUCUGGAUUUAAUAAAAACUGAUCUGUACAAUA